UUUUGGACCCAUGCAUUGGCGCUGUUUUGAACAAAAUUAUGGCGAUUAGAAAGCUUUGGCUGCAAAAUGUGAUAUUAAAUUUAUUUUUAUUAUUUAUUAACAUAAAGUGUUCAAAAUUAAAUGUACCGCGUGUGUUACUUCCAGUAUUUAACGACUUUUCCGCUAAAUUUACUUUAGAAGCUACAGAAGGAGGUUGCUACAAAUGGAGCACGACGAGAAAUGAUAUUAUUCAAAUAACAGCAUUAGAUGAAGAUAUUGACUUACAGUGCUCGUCAAAAGUUGUAAUAACUGCUAUUACCAAAGAGGCUGCUAGAAAUAUUGCUGUAGUGUUAGCAGAGGAUGUUCAUACAAAACAAACUUUAAGAUGUGAUGUGAUUGUAGAUGUUAUAAAUUCUCUUUUAAUUUCCACAACUACAAGGGAACUGUUUAUGGAAGAGGCUCCAGAAAAUUUUGAAGUUCAAGCUUAUGACGAUCAAGGCAAUGAGUUUUCCUCAUUAGAAGGAAUAGAAUUUGAAUGGAAUAUAGUUCCCUUAAGUCCUAACAAAGAUGUGGUUUUACGUUAUAUUACAUUUAGGGAUUCGCCUUACGAAACUCCUCCUGCAAUUUCUGCUUUAGAAAAUGAGGGUAAGAAAGGCUAUUCUAUUUUACUUGAGGGUGUUAAGAGUGGUGCCGCUAAGGUUACAGUACGAUUGCCUUGGCCUGAGUAUAAACAUAUUGAAGCUAAUGAAGUUCAGUUGAUGGUUGUGGCAAAUUUGUUAAUAACCCCACCAGAUGUUUAUGUUAUGCCAGGGGAUGUAGUUCCAUAUAAAAUUUUUUAUUUAAACAAUGGUCGUAUGGAAGAAAUUGAGCUACCUGACUCUCAGUAUUACCUAGAGGCAGAAAAUUCUGAUAUAGCAUCAUCUUUUAAAAAAUCUGGGAAUGUGACAGCUCUUGCAGAAGGACAUACUAGAAUUGUAUUACGUGACAGAAAUGUAGGUGAUAACGAUACCAUUUUAAAGCUACCUGCAGCAAAUUUACACGUUGUUCAACCAGAAUAUGUAGUCUUAAAUGUAUUACCAUAUAAAAAUUGGGCAAUCUUACUAGGAGAUCAUCAUGACAUUGUAGCAGAAGUUUAUUCCAGUUCUGACCAUAAACUUUACAUAGGAAGUUCAGUACAGAUGUAUAUGGACGUUUCACCAGAAUUUCACGUCGCAUCGCGUACUGCCAACGGUAGUUGGAUGAGCGGCUUUGGAAUAAAAUCUACAGUUGCUGUUGUGCAAGCCUCACUAGAGGAAGUUUACCAUGAAAAAACUGGAAAAAUAACGUUUCCAAAACCAAUAACUGCGAGAGGUGAUCUCAUGAUAUAUCCACGCAUUACCAUCGCACCGUCGGAAGUUAUUCUACCCUGGGACCCAAUUACGAGGCCAAAAUAUGACAUCGAUUUAGUGGCAAAAGGCGGCGACGGCAGGUUCCUAUGGACCAGCAGUGACCAUUCGAUAGGAGUGGUUAGCCAAACCGGACACGUCAGGACUUACUCAAACGGCUUCUUCGAAGUAUCCGCGGUGAUGUUACGUAAUCAUCACAAUCGGCAAUCCGCCAAAUUCAUUAUCUUGCCACCGUCCCGGUUGGAAAUUGUCGAAUUCGUAAUGGAAUCGGAGGUCGGCCAGCCGGUUUACUUGCAUAUAGCCCUUUAUGCAGAGCAAGAGAGGGACGGUACAACUAUUCAGCUUCCCUUCACGAAAUGCCAGGAUCUACCGUUCCAAAUUAAACAGAGCGAUACUAAGUUCCGACAGAAUAAAUCUUCGAUUUUAGCGCCGGUCGGCAUAUCCUGCGGAAAUAUCGCCAUGACUGCCCUGGAAGUCGGAACGAGUAAAGUCACUGUCACAUACUUCCAAGACGGCAGAGCCCUGGAAGACUCCGUAACAGUCAGCGCUUACAACACCUUAAAAUUACUGGAACCGAACAGAGAUAUAGUGCUGGCCGUGGGUACAACCAUCAACUUACUCUAUGUCGGUGGUCCAAGGCCUUUCAUAAGUAGGCCAGGAGAUCACCAAAAAGUGGUGGUGAGCGAAGAUACCAAUAUCGUAACGGCGGCUGAUGUUUCUCAGUUCUACACGCUACCCGGAGAGGAUUUCAGUGUGGUGCAAGUCCUGUGCCACCAGUUGGGUGAAACUGACGUAAAACUGAUAAUAACGAAUUCGCCUUCUGCGUCCAAUUGCAAAUCUCAGUCUAGCUCGGUAACCACAAGAGUCACCUGCGGAAAACCCAGGAAACUCGUUCUCCAACCGGAAUUGAAAAUAGCGGACGCAAAUGCCUGUCCGAUGGACUUAAGUUCGGGAAAUGUCGUCGUUCAAAGCACGAAAAAUAUCGAUUUAAGCGUCGUCAUCUAUGAUGACUGCGGAAACAAAUUCUUAAACAUUUCCAGCCUCAACUUUGUGUGGACAGUUACACCAAGCAGCGGUGCAGAUUUUCUGAGUAAAAACGGCGUAUUCCCGAAAAAUAUCACAAUAGGAAGUGCGCCCAUUGCUCUAAAAAGUUAUCAAUCUCUUCACCCCAACAUAGAAGUGGGAAAUUUGGAGGUGAACGUCACAGUUACCGGUUACAAAUUAAAUAUUUUAAAAGCUUACGAUAUCACACCCGAAUCGCCGCCAUUUAAGACCGAGGAAGACGGCAAGAUCGAGUUGGCUCCUAUCGCAGCCUCGCUCGACUUGUACUUGGUGAAUAAUACAGUAAUUGCCCCGAACAUGGUGACGCUCUUCAAUCAUCCCGGAAAUAAACAAAUAGUGACGGUCAAACAAGGCUCGGGGUACUUCGAACUGGCUCUGAGCUCGGACGAUAUCGCUACGGUUAAAUACAUAGAAAGCUGCAAAGAAAUAGAGAUUAUCCCCAUAAGAUCCGGAGAACUGACUGUGCAAGUAAUUGAUUUAUGCCUGGUAUCUAAACCGGCGACUCUGGUCAUUAACGUCGUUUCCGUGGGUAUCAUAAGGGUGGAGAUGGCCGAUAAAGUUGAAAUAGGGAAGUGUAUCUCUUCUGUCGUGCGGCUGUAUGACGAAAAUGACAAUUUGAUGGUCAUUCCUGAUCCUAAUAUGAUCGACUUGAGGCCCCAGUUUCAGAACAGCAUAGCAAACAUAAUUAGGGCGGAAAUGGAUCCGGCUAAGCCUUGGGGGAUCGGCGAAAUACACUAUGUGAUUACAGGAAUAGAGGUGGGGGACACGAAACUAGUAUUUACGGUAAGUGGAGGUGACGAAGACAUCAACAGUGCUCCGUUCGAUUUGCAAGUGUUUUACCCCCUCAAAAUACAUCCCAGAAAUGGAACCAUCCUCGUAGGAGCUAUCUUUCAGUUGUCCAUAAAAGGCGGACCACAACCAAACACUAACGUAGUCUUUACAGCAACUUCGCCCAAAAUCAUCAAUAUAACCGAAAGGGGUGUCAUAACAGGGGUUGCAUUAGGCACAACGAAAAUUCAAGCCAAGGCCGUUGGAAUACAUCCAUCGACAGGACAAAGCCUAAUUUAUUCAGAAGAUGUGGUUGAUCUGAAGGUUGUGGAACUGCAGGGCUUAAAAAUUAUGGGGCCCCUAACGAGAUUUAGGGUCGGGGCCACCGUACCCUUUUGGUGCUGGGGAAUCCCCGACGUAUCUCCCCUAAUUCUGGGCAGUCUAGAGAAUCCCCCCAUCCUUUUCAAGUGGAACGUCGACGACAAACUUCUCGUUGAUUUGAGUGGAGUAUUUCAUCCCAUAGGCGUUUUUAAACAGAGACCGGCGAGGGUAGCUCUCAAGGUGUUCGCCUUGCAACCUGGAAAAACUCGGUUAUACAUCAAUGCGACAGUGCCAGGUCGCGCGGCUAACAAGUUAAAUGUCGAUACUGUAAUGUUAUCGUCGUAUAUAGAUAUCGAGACGAUCACGGAAUUCAGUCUAGUCGCUCCCGAAUUUCCCGGGAGGUCCCUGUUAAUGGCUCCAUUCUCGGAAAUCCAACUCCAAACGAAUUUAGAUUAUUCCGCAACAAAAAUCGUUUACAUGUUAGCAGGAGACCGUGUGCCUUCCACAGAACUCUUGGCAGACAAAUCCGUUACAUCUUCAGAUACCAUAAUAACCAUAUCGCCUACCGGCUUUCUAAAAUCCUACGGUGUCCUGGGCCAUGCUCUCAUAAUGGCCAUAGAGACGGACGACCAAGGACAAAAACAACGUCUGUCCAUUGUCGUCGAGGUGAAAACCAUCCAGUACAUGAACCUGAACGUAUUAGCCAACUGGCGCAUACACUCGGAUAGCCCCAUGAGGAACAUUCCCUUGGGCACUGAAUUUCAACUUAGAGCUACGUUCCAUGACAACCUCGGAAACAAGUUUCAAGCAGGCCCCAAAGAGCUGAAAGUAAGACCCAGUCGAUGUGAUUUGUUGAAAGUGGUUGAGAGUAGCGAUAACGCUUCGGUUUGGAUAUACACUAAGAAGCCCGGAAAUACCAUGUUGAAGGGAUGGGCUGAAGGAAUUCAAAAGACUGCCGAUUAUGUAAAAAUAAACGUGGAGCAGGCUGUCAGGCCUCAGUUGGACCACCUGACAAGCGGCGACAUCGUGUGCCUGUGGACGCCCGUCGUGUCCGAGUUCAACACGCCAGGAACUUGGAAGAGCAGCGACAGUUCCCUGAUGAUGAUCAACCCGGCCCUCGACAUUGGAUUUGUCGGCAACAGAGAGGGCGUGGUAGUUUUAACGCAUACUUUUCUCCAGUCCGCUCCCAUUCAUAUACAAAUUUAUCCCGUCAGCGAGAUAGAAUUCUUGGACGAUCCGAAUAUGAUACUGACGAACGGGGAGAAGAAGAGCAUCGUCAGGGUGGUGCUGGUUCUGCAGAGCGAGAAAAGCAUAGGACUGAAAACAAAUAAUUUGAUUCAGGGUUGGAGAUGCCGUACAGACGUUCGCAAACUAGUCAGCCCCACUGGCUUUAAAUGUUUCGUAGAAUUUUCCAAUGAAAGCUCACCCAUUAAUAUUAAUCAAUUCUUUAAUGUGACCAACAGUUGGGUCCCAGAAACAGGACAGUAUGCCUGUGAGUUGACGAAUUUGGGCCUGCACAAUAGCGAAAUAGCUGUUUUACAAACAAACGUAACCCUCUGGGCGACCACAGAAGAUUACGAAACAAUUUCCAAACGUCUGAACAUAAAAUUUUUGCCGAACUUCUUUGUUUUACCAGAAGUAACGCUUGCGGAAAAUAGUAAUACCGGUGAACUUUUCGUUGUUGGCCUACCGGAAGUUUUGCAGCAGAUAAAGGUGCAGCCAGCGGAUAGCAGCAUUCUUUUCGUUGGUAAGGGUAAGCAAGUUAACGAAACUGCAAUUCACUAUGACGUACAACUGAUUGAUUACCACUGGAGGUUGGCUAGCUUAGAAGAUGCCAUGGGUAUUAUUGUUUCGUCGCUGAUAACUAAGCAGAAAGACAAGGUCCUUGUGAAAGUGACUGGCGAUAUUGAUAAACACCUUUGUGGACUUUCGAGAUCUCCAGUAUUCAGAUUCCUACAACACUACAAAUAUGCGAUAGCCAUGGCAGGUGCCAUGUUGUUUAUUUUCCUGAUAACAUUCUACUUCUAUUCCAAUUACAUGCAACCCAUUGUGAACGUCAAUGUCCAUCCAACGCGUUCAAUGUUGACAUCUGGAAUCGCAGGUAGUCCGACAACUAAUCGUUGUGCGGCUAAUAUGUCGGCUAAUCUGAGUAGGGUAUCGUCUAACAUCAGUCCCAACUCCAAUCGGAUCUGUAAUAGGUUUAACUGCAAUUGCACUGCACAUAGCAGUAGAGAGCCGAUCUAUGGGGACGCUAGUACUUUCUACACUAGCAGUCCCGAACUACGAAGGAAUCGUAGGAUUAUGUAAGCAUGGAAGUCCUGUGUUCAAAACUGCCAAAUUCAACUUAGUUUUAUGUGAAGACUGUAAAUAUGACUAUCAUCAGGUUGUUGUACAUAUUUUUUUAUCCAAAUUGGACUUUUGUAUUCAAAAGGAAUAAAGUAAUAAAGUUUAAUUUUCCUUAA